AUGUCGUCGACCAAGAAUGCACAGGAUAUGAAAGAUAUCAAAAUCAUAAUAGCCAACUACAUGAAAUCUCAGUAUAGACCUUAUUCCACCAACGAUAUCUUGUUAAAUUUACAUAAUCAAGUUCCAAAACAGAAAUUGGGCGUAGGACUAGCAGCUCUUGCUAAAGAAGAUGAAUUGCUUGUCAAGAUUGUGGGUAAGACUAGCUAUUACUGUUAUAAAAUGUUAGUACACAACUUAGAUAGUUCUGAUACUGGAUUAUUGGAAAGUGCCCCACAGAUGGAGAAAGAACUUGCCGACAUCGGGGAUGAAAUUAAUGACCUCACAACAGAGUUGCGCGACUUCAAGUCAAUGCCUUCUAACAAUGAAAUCAUUCAAAAACUUACUGAAGCUAAGGAGAAAAUAAGAGUCUUGAAAGACGACCAGAAAAAACUUAACCAAAACUCUUUUGAGAGCACUGAGAUAAAACCCCACAUCUCACACUUGAGGCGUGUACACAAGCAGUACAAAGAGAAUAGCAUUUUGGAGUCUAUUGGUAUCGAGAACUUAGAGAUGACGAGAUAUAUAUAA